AUGGGUAAGGAGAAGGUUCAUAUCAACAUUGUGGUCAUUGGCCAUGUUGACUCUGGGAAAUCGACUACCACAGGGCAUCUCAUCUACAAGCUCGGAGGCAUUGACAAGCGUGUCAUCGAGAGGUUUGAGAAGGAAGCUGCUGAGAUGAACAAGAGGUCAUUCAAGUAUGCCUGGGUGCUUGACAAGCUAAAGGCUGAGCGUGAACGUGGUAUCACCAUUGAUAUUGCUCUGUGGAAGUUUGAGACUACCAAGUAUUACUGCACUGUGAUUGAUGCUCCUGGUCAUCGUGACUUCAUUAAAAACAUGAUCACGGGAACAUCCCAGGCUGACUGUGCUGUCCUCAUCAUUGAUUCCACCACUGGUGGUUUUGAAGCUGGAAUUUCAAAGGAUGGCCAAACCCGUGAGCAUGCAUUGCUCGCCUUUACUCUGGGAGUCAAACAAAUGAUAUGCUGCUGCAACAAGAUGGAUGCUACAACCCCCAAGUAUUCAAAGGCAAGGUACGAUGAAAUUGUAAAGGAAGUCUCUUCCUACCUAAAGAAAGUUGGCUACAACCCAGAAAAGAUCCCCUUCGUCCCUAUUUCAGGCUUUGAGGGUGACAACAUGAUUGAGAGAUCCACCAACCUCGACUGGUACAAAGGUCCAACUCUCCUUGAUGCCCUGGACAUGAUCCAGGAGCCCAAGCGCCCCUCAGACAAGCCUCUCCGCCUUCCCCUCCAGGACGUCUACAAGAUUGGAGGUAUUGGGACUGUCCCCGUUGGCCGCGUUGAGACUGGAGUCCUCAAACCAGGCAUGGUUGUCACUUUUGGCCCCACUGGACUCACCACUGAAGUCAAGUCUGUGGAGAUGCACCAUGAGUCUCUCCAAGAGGCUCACCCUGGUGACAAUGUUGGCUUCAAUGUUAAGAAUGUCGCUGUCAAGGAUCUGAAGCGUGGGUUUGUCGCCUCGAAUUCCAAGGAUGACCCUGCUAAGGAGGCAGCCAACUUCACCUCUCAGGUCAUCAUCAUGAAUCACCCAGGACAGAUCGGAAAUGGUUAUGCCCCUGUGCUUGAUUGUCACACCUCACACAUAGCGGUCAAGUUCGCAGAGAUAUUGACCAAGAUCGAUAGACGAUCGGGGAAGGAGCUGGAGAAGGAGCCCAAGUUCUUGAAGAAUGGUGAUGCUGGCUUUGUGAAGAUGAUUCCUACCAAGCAAAUGGUUGUGGAGACCUUCUCAGAGUAUCCCCCUCUGGGUCGUUUUGCUGUCAGGGACAUGAGGCAGACUGUUGCUGUUGGUGUCAUCAAGAGUGUGGAGAAGAAGGAUCCUUCUGGUGCCAAGGUCACCAAAUCGGCAGUAAAGAAGAAGUGAAACGCGAAGAGCUGUGUAUCAGCUGGGUUGGUUGUCGUCAUUAGUAAUAGUGUUUUGUUCCGUUGCUGUGGUCUUGAGUCUAUAGGCAGCUCGGUAUCGAGUGGUUGGAUGCAGAACUGGGUGCUCGACCGACGGUGGCGGAGGUAAGUGUCAGUUUCUGUUGUGUCAUUUUCGGGUUAUCGACUUUUGGAAAUACUGUUCAUCUCUCUCAUGGAUUUAAGUUUUGGUUUGAAUUGAGUAAAUUAAUAAAUUUAUGCAAUAGUGCUUGCUUA